CGCAGUCGUGUCUUGUUGGAGAAAGGCUUAGCUGGGAUUUGCACAAAAAAGCUCAGCAACAACAAAUAAAGUUUAACAUAUAAUUUCACUAUGCAAACGCAUUGACAUUGAUUCUUAAACGGAGCUUGCACAAGAGCUUUUGCCCUUCAGGGCUAUCGACUUGUUCACACAAAAGAAGAUCCAGAGUCCAAAAUCAAACCAGUUCACAAAAAGCUUGCACUCGCUGUUUAAGAGAGAGGCAGACCCAGAGAGAGAGAGAGGGAGAGACGCGCAAGCGCACGUGCAGAAAGCGAGAGCGCAGCAGCGAACGCAGACGUCGCGUCGUCGCAUGCUUAAUUAGGACAAGAACUGUGUGGCGGCAGCGCAGUAGACGUCAACGCCUACGCCUACGUCAACGUCGCUGUCAAACUGCAAUGGCUGUCAAACUGUGCGUGCGGAAAUGUGUGAAAAUGGUGUGACAUUUAACAUUGCAUAAUUUUCAAUAAACUACUUAACAAAAAUUCGUAACGAGUUGCUAACAAUAACAGCAUUUAUCGUGCAAGAAAUCUGUAAUAAAAAUUGGCAAACGUUCAAAUUGUGUGAAAACAACAACAACAACAACAACAACAGUAAACACCAUAAGUUUGUGGUCACUACAGAAAUAAAAGCGCAGCUUUGUUCGCUUUUUGUGAAUGAGCAUAAACAAUUGCAACAACAGCAACAGAAAAUAAACAGUUACAAGAAGAAGAAAAAAUUAGCAAGCUACGUGCGUUUUUUUUCUUAUAUUUUCUGUGAAAUGUCCAAACAGUUGCAAAUAAAUUCACUCUCGUUGCUGCUGCUAAUGGCGGCGGCAGCAGCGCUGCCUCAACAACAGCAACAACAACAACAGCAGCAGCAGCAACAACAACAACAGCCAGCAACUGUUGCAACAACAAGCAUGACAACUAAACUAGUAAGUGCAACUGAUGCAGUUGGCACUUUCAUCGAUAGCAACAACAAUAACAACGAAGCAACCACUGUCUCCUUCGAGCAGCAACAACAACAAACAUUGCAAUAUGCACAUAUAACGGCAUUAGAUAAAGAAGUAGUUGAACGUUUGAUCAAACAAUGGGCGCCGAUUGUUUGGCUGGCACCGGAGGAGAAAUUCAUGCCCCUGGGCGUGGAGGAGUUUCUGCAGCAUGUGCAUCCCAUGGACAAGGAUCGCAGCUUCACACCGGGCAUGCCCUUCAGUGAGUACUCCACCAAAUCACAUUUGGUGACCAAUUCCGAGAUGGAGGAUCUGCUGCAGAACGAGCAAUCCUUCAUCCAUGGCCGAAAUCCCAAUGAGGCGCCAGUGCCCAUCUAUGGUGUGGUCACACUCUGUCCAGCACCGCCCAAGCGUCAGCCAGAAGUGGUGGCAUUGCCACCAAUGUCCAGCACACGGGGACCCUACAUACCCGUGUCCAUUGAUCCGCUGGAGGAGCGCAAUGACACGGUGCGACGUUCGUCGCGACUGUUUCCACUGUUCCAGCGUGUGAGGCGGGAGACACCUUCUAUGCCGGAGUAUGCACCACUGAGUGACUACGAUCUGGUCAUGGGAGAGACGCAGCUGGGAAGCGCAACGUUGCCAGAGCCUGCGACAGCGGAGCAGCAACAGGAGCUGGAACCAGAUCUGGACAAUGGGCUGCCAGUGAACAAUUUUAUAGCAAAUCUGGCGGACAAUGUCAAGUUCAGUGGUGGCCCCGAUCUGGACGACAAUCUCGAGGACAACAACAUUGGCGAUUCGCCAGCACAUGAAACGCAGGGAAUCAAGGGACAUCUGCCUGGUUUCCAUGUCACCUACUGGAUGUUCUAUCCCUACAGUCAGGGCAAAACCAUGUGUACACUCAGUUUGGGUCCAUUGGGACGAAUACCCUUUCCGGCUGUCUAUGGUUAUUGUCUGGGCCACCGUCGGGACAUUGGCAGCCACGUGGGCGACUGGGAGCACAUGAGUCUGUACUUUAAUGGCGACGCUGAGCCACAGGCCAUGUAUGUCUCGGCCCACGAUGCGGGCGCCUAUUACAGCUACAAUCGUCUGACAGGCUCCUUUGAGUUCCGCCGCCAGGAGACACGCAAGGGCAUCCUACAGCGUCCCAACUUCCCCAAAACAGUGACAACGUUCAAGAAUCAUCCCGUGCUCUUUGCCGCCAAGGGUUCUCAUGGAUUGUGGACUGCGCCGGGUAAGCAUCGAUUCGUUAAGGUGGCCAGACUAUAUGACAUCAAUGGCUUUGGCACGCCCUGGAACACUUGGAAGGCCGUCGACAUAAGCUACAAGAAUCUCAGAUCCUAUGGUCGGUCGCUGGUUCCCGAUUGGCUGACCUAUCGAGGCAAGUGGGGUAAUCCCAAGAGCAAAUGUCAUCCCUUUCGACGCAUCGGUCUCAACUUUUGCGAGUUUACGGAUGGACCCACAGGUAUUCCUCUAAAGGAACCGCACUUUCAAUGCGGUGCAGACUAUCGCUGAUUAUAGAAUGAUGUCUUGUCUAGAUUCUUCUUAUCUGUCUAAAAUUAAGUGUAUAUUUAAAAAAGUAUUUAUUGUGAAAUUCCCGCCCGAAGGUUAUCCCCAAAAAAGCAUUAAAAAUUGAAAUAAGAAACAUAAAGAACAAU